AUGUCCUCCCAGCUCCCCAGAAAACUAUCAGUUUCCAGCCCUGGGAUUCUGUACUAUUUAGCUAUCACCGGACUACAAGCAAUUGCGGCCUGUUAUAAUCUCGACAUCCCGCGGGACGAGCUAAAAGAGAUCCUACAUCAACUUCCUGAAGGAGCGGAUGCCUGUCUUCAGGUAAUUGUAUGUCAGAUUAAUGCCAAUUUUGCCCCAGAUAGCCCUCCCGAUGAUGGUAUUAUCCAGAUUAUGUCUGGGGAAGUUGGGAGUGAAGAACGAGAUAUGGUCCUUGAGGAUACAUUGCAGGUUUGGAAGGCUAAAAUCAAGCUUGAUAAAACAAAAAAGGAAUUCAUCACCCGGUUUGAUACAAUCAGGAACAUCUUCUUAAAGCUGAAAAAGGUAUAUACCCUCGCGGAAGUGCCUGCAAAGUUCUUAUUUUUCACUUCCCAGACUAGCAACUUAAUAUGCUCUGACGACUAUAUUCCAGAGCUCUCUGCUUUACCUCUAUGUGCCGAAACAGCCCCCAAGCCAGUCAUAGUGAAAAACAGGGGAAAAAAGCGGCACCGCCUUGUCUCUAGCCUGUCGCUUCAAUGGGGUAUCAAGGAUUGUGAUUGUCCUUGCAAACGUGGAAAUACUCACUCUUCAGUCUUGUAUGUCUUCGUUUCUACCAUUGUCCAUACUUCUGAUCCUAACUGA